CCCAUCUUUAUUUCUGCUUUUAAUACCCGUUAUCGUGCUAUGUUGCAGAUGUUAAAAUGCGCUGAUGAAAAUCGGGAGAUGAGUUGUUUGUUUUAUAAUAAAACGAGGCCAUUACGCUGGCUGAGAACAGAAGCUGCAUCCGUGCCCAUCACUUGUGUCAGGCAGCUGGCGGCAGAUAAACAUUUAGCCACCUCGCUAGCUUUUAGACAAUAACAAAUGAGGUUUUAAAUGUCCAGAGGUUUGGUUUCAUCACGUAUUAAACAGGCUACACACAGGCUACAGAAGAUGUCAGCGUCGAGAGGAUAGCAAGCUUAGCACGAUAAGUUAAUGUUGAAGCGGGUGAUUUUACUAACAUACAGCGGCAUGUUCGUAAAGCUAUAGAAAAAUGCGUUUUAAUAUACAUAUUGUACAUGCAAGCAUCGUCUUACCUUUCUGUGAGUCGUCACGAUUGUAUAACGUGUGUUUUCAGGCAAAAGCAACAACUAUUAAAGAGGCUCUGGUGAAAUGGGAGGAGAAAACGGGGGAAAAGGCGAGCGAGGCAACAGCAGUAAAGCUUUAUGGUCAGAUUCCUCCCAUCGAAAAAAUGGACGCGUCCCUCUCUAAUCUUGUCAACUGCGAGAGAUUAUCCUUGUCUACAAACUGCAUUGAAAAAAUUGCCAACCUGAAUGGUCUAAAAAACCUUAAGAUAUUAUCCUUGGGGCGAAAUAACAUCAAAAACCUAAAUGGACUUGAGGCAGUGGGUGAUACUCUGGAGGAGCUGUGGAUCUCUUAUAACCUCAUAGAAAAACUGAAGGGAAUUCACGUCAUGAAGAAGCUCAAAGUCUUGUACAUGUCUAACAACUUGGUCAAGGAGUGGGGGGAGUUUCAGAAGCUGGCCGAUCUUCCAGCAUUGGCGGACCUCGUAUUCGUGGGGAACCCACUAGAAGAAAAGUAUUCUGCUGAUGGCAACUGGAUAGAGGAAGCUACUAAGAGGCUUCCAAAGCUUAAAAAGCUAGACGGAAACCCCGUUAUCAAACGAGAAGAGGAGGAAGGUGAAGGGGAGAGCUAAUGCCGUUUCUUUGACUAUUCUGAAGUUGGUGCAUUUUUAUUGUUCAAACACACCAGCAUUUUAACUGUUAGACGUCUGUGCAAUAUUUGCAUUUUUUAAUUAGGUUUAUUUAUAUGGAACGAAGCUAAAAAGCUAAAUCCACUUGUUGAGCUUUAACACUGUUCGAGCAGAUCUGAAAAGCACACGCUCGAUGCGUUUUGUUAGCCUUAGCACAAGCAGUGGCAUACAAUCAUAAUUCAAGGGCCGUGCAGAUGAUGACAAUAAUUCUCUAGGCUGUCAAGAAAUCCAUCGUUACCUUAAAGAACUAUUUCUAUUUAAUCUAACCUGUGCUUAAAAAUAAUAAGAAGUUAUAUGCACACCUUUAUAAUAUGGAAUGAUUUAACAUAACUUUCAUUCAAUUCAGUAAAAAAAUAAUAACUGACUUGUACAUCCACAUGAAGGAUAUAUUAAAAGUUAAGAAAGUUAAUAACAAAACUUUUCAGGGAGAUCAAUAAUAUGUUACAUUAUACCAGUGAAUAUAAGCCAGUGACGCUUAAACACACUGGAAUGAUUGAUGAAGUGUGUGGCAUAGACAUAUAACUGUUUCAAUUGGUGGUGCUAUACUUUAAAAAUUCUGAACUUGAUUAAUAACUGCAAGAUUGACGUUUGUAAUUCAGUUUGAAUGAAACGCCUUUUGUAAAUGGCACGGUCUUUUGUAAUAUAUUUGGACAUAAGCAAAAAUCUAUUUGCAGUUAUUAGUAUAGUUCCAUCACUAAGUGUGUUGUUGAGCUGCACAAUGAAAGCCUUUUAAGACUUUGUAGCAUGUCUCCAUAGAGUUACUAAUACUGCAAUUAAAACAUUGUCUGAAUUAGUUUCCUAUCAACAAUUUUGUAAACGUGACUUCGGUUUUAUAUUUACAAGUUUACGCAUGUUUUAUUGUUUUUGAUCCCUCUACAUGUUUUUGUUUACUGUGUUUCAGAAGGAAAAAAUAAACUAUUUUUGUCCUCUGCUCAA